GUGAACUUGCAAAGUGGUCAUCCUCAGGAUUGGAGGAAGUGGCUAAGAGGACAGGCAGUAUUUGAGGCGAUCCGAAUCUCCAGCAAAGGGCGCGGCUACUUCCUGAGCCGCGCCGGAACCUUUUGGCGGGCUGUAUGAGUUCCAGAAGGAACGAUUUAGGAACAGGACCGCUUCCGCUGCUGAAGAGAAGAGAGGGGUGGGGAGGAAAUAGUUUGAGGAUCUGAUCCUGCCUGCGCUAGCGGCGGCAGUGGAGCAGGCAGAGAAGGGGGGCGGCGGCAGAGAAGAAUGACAGAGCCGGUUCGGCUGUAGAGUGUGGUGAAGGGUACUUUUCAUGGUGCAUGGAAGGAAAGCCAAUGCGCAGGUGUACCAACAUUCGACCAGGAGAGACUGGAAUGGAUGUAACAAGCCGCUGCACCCUUGGAGACCCCAAUAAACUGCCAGAAGGGGUUCCCCAACCCGCCCGCAUGCCCUAUAUUUCAGACAAGCACCCUCGACAAACCUUGGAAGUGAUUAAUCUUCUGAGAAAGCAUCGGGAGCUAUGCGAUGUGGUGCUAGUUGUGGGCGCUAAGAAGAUAUAUGCCCAUCGAGUCAUUUUGUCAGCCUGCAGUCCCUACUUCCGAGCUAUGUUUACAGGAGAAUUGGCAGAAAGCCGUCAGACAGAAGUAGUGAUCCGAGACAUAGAUGAGAGGGCUAUGGAACUACUGAUUGACUUUGCGUAUACCUCCCAGAUAACUGUGGAAGAGGGCAAUGUUCAGACCCUUCUGCCAGCUGCUUGCCUCCUCCAGUUGGCAGAAAUACAGGAAGCCUGCUGUGAAUUCUUAAAGAGACAAUUAGAUCCUUCUAAUUGCCUGGGCAUUCGGGCUUUUGCUGACACACAUUCAUGUCGUGAGUUGCUAAGGAUAGCAGACAAGUUCACUCAACAUAACUUUCAAGAGGUGAUGGAAAGUGAAGAGUUCAUGUUGCUUCCAGCCAAUCAGCUCAUUGAUAUAAUAUCUAGUGAUGAACUAAACGUUCGCAGUGAAGAACAGGUGUUCAAUGCAGUGAUGGCCUGGGUCAAAUACAGUAUUCAAGAAAGACGUCCUCAGUUACCCCAGGUGCUGCAGCAUGUUCGUCUGCCUUUGCUUAGUCCCAAGUUCCUGGUGGGCACCGUAGGCUCUGAUCCCCUCAUCAAAAGUGAUGAGGAGUGCAGAGACUUGGUAGAUGAAGCUAAAAACUAUCUCCUCUUACCUCAAGAACGACCACUGAUGCAAGGACCAAGGACAAGACCACGGAAACCUAUCCGAUGUGGAGAAGUACUCUUCGCAGUUGGUGGCUGGUGCAGUGGAGAUGCUAUUUCUAGUGUUGAACGGUAUGAUCCACAGACCAAUGAAUGGCGAAUGGUAGCUUCGAUGAGCAAAAGGCGAUGUGGAGUUGGGGUCAGUGUUCUUGAUGACCUGCUGUAUGCAGUAGGAGGCCAUGAUGGAUCCUCAUAUCUCAAUAGUGUUGAAAGGUAUGACCCCAAAACAAACCAAUGGAGCAGCGAUGUGGCUCCCACAAGCACGUGCAGGACGAGUGUUGGUGUGGCGGUGCUCGGAGGCUUUCUCUAUGCUGUGGGGGGCCAGGAUGGCGUGUCCUGCCUCAACAUUGUUGAGAGGUAUGAUCCAAAGGAAAACAAAUGGACUCGAGUGGCUUCUAUGAGCACCAGAAGACUAGGCGUGGCUGUGGCUGUGUUAGGAGGGUUCUUAUAUGCCGUAGGUGGCUCUGAUGGAACAUCUCCACUCAACACAGUGGAACGCUACAAUCCUCAGGAAAACAGAUGGCACACCAUAGCCCCUAUGGGGACCCGGAGGAAACACCUAGGCUGUGCAGUGUAUCAGGACAUGAUCUAUGCCGUAGGAGGUAGAGAUGAUACUACAGAGCUUAGCAGUGCUGAGAGAUACAACCCCAGAACUAACCAGUGGUCUCCAGUGGUGGCUAUGACAUCCCGCCGUAGUGGAGUUGGCCUGGCAGUGGUGAAUGGGCAGCUCAUGGCUGUAGGAGGCUUCGAUGGCACAACGUACUUGAAGACCAUUGAAGUUUUUGAUCCUGAUGCAAAUACAUGGAGGUUAUAUGGCGGGAUGAAUUACCGUCGGCUGGGGGGUGGUGUAGGAGUUAUUAAAAUGACACAUUGUGAAUCCCAUAUAUGGUGAACAUCUAGAAGACAGUCGUAUACGCUCCUCUGUAUUCUGAAGAGCUUUGACUUUGGAGCUUUGUACAGCUCAAGAAAACAUUAGAACAAAUUUUAUUCUUUGCCGGUGCCUCAACAUAUGGAAAUAUAAAUACAGUGAAAGUACUUCAACUGCAAGAUGCCACCUUUGCACAAAAAUUUUCAAUUCUGUGCAGAAUAUUUAUUUUUGGUUUUAAUUUAUCAUAGGUUUUUUUUGUUGUUGUUGGGUUUUGUUGUUGUUUCGUCCUGUUUUGCUUCGGACUUAACCUUCCUCCCACUAAAAAAGGAAAAAAAGGAUAGGAAAAAAAGGUAAAAAACUCCCAAGCAGCAAAAGUUAAUUUCUAAGAUACUAAGUUUGAAAAUACUAAUAAGGGGAGAAGGGCUGUACACGAUCUAGUUGUUAUCGCCAGGCACUCCAUCCACAUGGCUCCACUACUUACAAGGACCACCAGUGACAAAGAUAGGGAUGCAAACUGUAUUAUUUGGCCAUCAUCCUUGCACUAAGCACCAGAAGACUUGAAAAUAUUAAACAAACAAACAGAAAGGAAACACUCAUUUUAAAUAGUACAACUCAGAAGGAAUAUUGGAUAGAUAAAACCAGGACUCAGACACUAAAGUUUUCAUCAGUGGAAGUUUGCAUCUUGUUUCCUUCCAUACGAACUUGUUUUCCACUAUAUUUAAAGUCUUUUUUCAAGAUGGUAUUUUCAUAGAAUUUCUGGUAGCUCCAGAGCUCUGCUCAGUGCCUCUGUAAAAACACUAUACAAUUCUUAUAUGCUGUCGAGAAUCCUCCGAUAGAAUCAUGUGCUACUCUGCAAGACUUUUUGCUCAAAAAUAUUACUGACUGAAACAACUUUCCUUCUUGUUUCCUUAUUGCUACUAAGGACCAGCAGGGAGAAACGUCUUCUCCCCAGCAGUGAAUACUGUUACGCAAUUUACACUUGACGCUCAGGCCUGCUGAAGCUGAGGCUGACCUAUAAUCACAGCCCCCAAGAGAAUGAAUUCUUCAGUUCGUGUAAUAGUACAUGCUAAUGAGUAAAACAGGCAUUUUAUUAAUAAAACCUUGGUUCUUUUAUACAAACUAUAUAUCAUUAUCUUCAUUCUAUAAAGCCACUGUUAACUACUUCUCUCAAAUUGCACUUUCUGGUGAAAAGUUAAAAUUUUUAAGGAAAAAAAUGAUACAAAUUUCAGUGGUCAAAGUUUUAUCAUUGUGUUCAUAGAGCAAUUUUUUCCAGUGUAUUUUGCAGGAAAAUCUUUGAAUAAGACUUUAACCACAACCAAAAGGAAUAACCUUCUCCUCCCUCCCCCCAACUACAAAAAUGUUUGGCAACUUUGUGUUUACAUUUAAAGAUCAUUUGCACCUUUACAAGGAAAAGAACUAAGUAUUUGGUAAACAGUUGUUUACAUGUAUCAUUUAUGCUUUUUUCUAGCAUGUAUAACUUUUUUAAAUAAAGGUAGUAUUUACCAUAAAACAAGUUUUGGUUAAUGCUUUUUAGUGCUUGUGUCUCUGCUAUUUAGUUUCUAUAUCAUUUGUAUUUCCUAUAUGUGAAGUUGUAAGUACUUUCAACCUGAAGGAAUAAAGGAUUGCCAGCUAGAA